AUGGCAAAUGAAGACUCAGAAAGUCAACAACUCACAAUUGAAAUUCAGCCAAAACUUGUGCCAAUUCACGACUUAACUCAAACUAAAUGAAGAUAUUUGUUUCUUUUCUUUGACUGCACUUUGUGCUUACUCCCAUUUAAGAGUAAAAAAAUAUUUUGGUAUAUAAGUGAUGAUUAUUAAAAUUAAUCUCUAUAUAAUUGUAUUCAAUUUUAAACAACUUAGCAUUCUCAAGCAUAAAUUUAUAUAAUUUUUUCCUCUCCGAAUCCAGUUUUUUAAAAAUUUAGUUUUAUAAAUAAAAAAUCUUUUGUAAAUGAGCAAAAUUUGUUUUGCUUGUUCACGGAAAUGGGGAAUUAGGAAAUUACUUUGCUUAUGACACUCCUUCAGUUCUCCAACCAGAAAUUAUGGAUGUAUUUGACAAUUAGCGUUUACACAUAAACUCUUUCGAAUUCAACUGGUUUUAUUCAGUUUAUUCUUUCCCAAAUAUGAUUUUACCUUUUUUCGGUGGAUUUUUAAGUGAUACUUUUGGUUCAAGACUCGCAGUUUUUAUAUUUUCUUUAUUAGUUUGCUUUGGGCAAGCAAUUUUCGCUUUAGCUAUCACAAUAGAAUCAUUCCCAAUAGCAGUUUUGGGAAGAUUUAUAUUUGGACUUGGAGGAGAAAACUUAUGCGUAGUCCAAGGAACAAUUCUGGCUGAAUGAUUUACCGGAAAAGAGCUAUCAAUGGCUUACGGAAUGACUAUAAGCAUCGGUCGUUUGGGAAGCGUAAUAAAUAACAUCCUUGAGCCUCAAUUUUACUCUUCAACUGGCUCAGUCGUUUUUGGUCUUUGAUUUGGGCUAUUUUUAUGUAUUUUGUCACUAAUACUAGGCCUUUUUUUAAUUUUUAUGGAUAUUCACAAAGACACUUUACUUGGCCCAUCUAAGAAAAAAUCCAGUGAAAAAAUCAAAAUUUCUGACAUAAAAUCCUUCAAUUUUGGCUUUUGGAUGCUUUCCGGCAACUGCUUGGUAGUUUAUAUAUGUGUUUUAACUUUUAAUUCAAUUGCAAGCUUAUAUUUUCAGACGAGAUUUAAUUUCAGUUCUAUUGAAGCUGGGUAUUUUAUAAGUAUCACAUAUAUUGUAGCUGCUUUAUUUAGUCCAAUUUUUGGGAUUUUAGCUGAUAGGCUAGGUAGACAUAUUUAUUGGAUUUUUUCGUCUGCAUUGAUGAUGCUGAUAGUCCAUGUAAUUUUUAUUUUAUUGCCUGAUUGUGAUAAAUGUAUAUGAGGAGGGCUAAAUUUGAUAAUUUUGGGUAUGGGAUAUUCAAUAUAUGGAUCUACUAUGUGAGGGUCGAUCCCAUUUUUGGUAGAUUCAUAUGCAGCAGGAACUGGAUUUGGGAUUGUGACGGCGGCCCAGAAUACUGGGAUGACUAUAGGACCUAUUAUAGUUGGAGCAAUACACUAUAAAACAGAGCAUCAAUAUGGCUACACAUAUGUGUCGCUUUUCUUUAUAAUUGUAGCUGUGAUUGGGGUUACUACUGCAUCUAUGCUUUGGGUUUGGGACAGAAAAAAUGGUCAGCAUCUGUUUACUGCUAAAAUUUAUGACUCUAGUAGACUUGAGUCUGCAAAUGAGCAGGAAGAUUUAUCGAAAACUUUAGCUAUUAAUUAA